UAUGAAACUCUCACAAUUUGACUUUUCUUUGUUCUACAAAUUUGUAUUUUGGUCAUGAUAUAGCUCAUCAUCAUCAUUUUAAAUUUGGCUUAAUUGAAGACAAAAAAGAGGAAAAUACUUUUCCUCUAGAAUGUCUGACUUCCAUACAAUUUUGAUUCUCUUAUAUAAAAUAAGAAAUUAAGUGGUGGUGAUGAUGAUAUUGUAAGGCAUAAAUAACAUUGAUUUAUUUGAGGCAAUAAAAUGAAAAAGAUGAUGUUGUUGUGCAAGUUAAGUUAUGGAAUGAUAGCAGUGGUUUUAAUGGUGGUAAGUUGGACAUAUGAAAGGUGUGAUGCAUUUGGAUUCAAUAUCCAUCAUAGAUUCUCUGAUCCUGUUAAAGCAAUGUUGAAUGUUGAUGAUGAAUUUCCAGAGAAGGGUACAUCUGAUUAUUACUCUGCAAUGCUUCACCGUGAUCGUGUCUUUAAUCGACGUCGAUUAGCAGGAGAUGGAGCUAAUGACACCACCCUUGCCUUUGCUUCCGGCAACACCACUGUCCACAUUAGUACACUUGGAUUCUUAUACUACGCGAAUGUGUCUGUAGGAACACCAGAAUCAUGGUAUCUAGUGGCUCUGGAUACAGGCAGUCACCUCUUCUGGUUACCUUGCGACUGCGUGCCUAAUUGUGUAACACAAUUGCAGCUCACUUCUAAUGAGGUAAUGGAUCUCAAUAUAUACAGCCUACGUAAUUCAUCCACAGGAAACCAAGUCUCAUGCACCAGCCCUUACUGUGAAAACAGAAUAAGCUGCGCGCCAUCACAAGUCAAUUGCCCCUAUGGUGUUGCUUAUCUCUCAGCAAACACUUCAUCUUCUGGUUACUUAGUAGAGGAUUUAUUGCAUCUUACAACCAACUCAAAUUCUUCUUCACUUAAUGUUCGUAUUCCUUUUGGUUGUGGUGUCCGUCAGACUGGCUCUUUCCUAGAAACUGGUGCUCCAAACGGCUUGCUUGGACUUACAAUGGAUCCCAUAUCACUUCCUAGUGUUUUAGCAAGUCAGAACCUUACUUCUAAUUCUUAUUCUAUGUGUUUUACUGGAGAUGGUUAUGGUACAAUUAUUUUUGGAGAUAGAGACAAUAACAGACAAGGUGAAACACCACUCAACCCCGAUCAAUUAGAUUUAUAUAAUGUCAGCAUAACUCAUAUUACUAUGGGUACUAAUGUAACUGCCACAAACUUUACUGUGAUUAUUGACUCUGGCACUUCAUUUACUCACUUGACUGAACCAGCUUAUAGUCUUUUUUCUGAAAAGUUCAAUUCUCAGGUAACUGAUCGAAGGUUGCAAGUCGAUCCACAGAGUCCUUUCGAAUACUGCUACUUACCAUUACCAAAUGUAAGCAUGGAAGACUUGAUCAUUCCAACUAUCAAUUUGACAAUGGGAGGUGGAGACAUAUUCUCGGUCAUAGAUCCAACCCUUAUACUCUCUUUAGAGGAUGGCCGGUAUGUAUACUGUUUAGGAGUUUUCAGUUCCGACUUUGACGAGCAAGAUAUAAACAUAAUUGGAGAGAACUUCAUGACUGGCUAUCGCAUUGUUUUUGAUCACGAGAGAAUGGUACUCGGGUGGAAGGCACAUGAUUGUGGUGAUGUUGUGCCUGUCAGUCCAAGAAACAGUCCACCGAGAUUAGGCGUACUGCCACCCAGAUCGAGCACGUCAUCAGCUUUAGAACACAGCAACUGGUUUAUCUGCAUUCUUAUGAUUCAGAUACUGUCUGUUCAACUGAUAAUCCUCUAAGCUGAAGAGUAAAUCCCCAUAUACACGUGGAUGUAGUUAAUACAUUGUUAGAGGGAUUUAUAUUCUGGGUAUAAAUUUUGAGCUGGCAAUGUGGGCAAACGAGUCAUCUUCGCCAUUGGUCUUACAUCGAUAUCAAAUAGUCACGAAAUAUAUCAAAAACAAUAUAAAAAAUGUUGUAAAUUUCAUACAUGACAAUUUUAUCAAAAUGGGUCUGAUUCAGAUUGAUUUUGCUGUCAUGUCAUACUAGGGAUUGCCAGCGAUGAUUACGGGCUUAUUGUUGCUGAUCUGUGUAGCCCUCAACGCUCUUGUUGUAAAUAUAGCUCACUGCCAAUACACCUUGUAUUUUACAUAGAAUCUAGAUAGAUUGGAGGCAGUCCAAUUUUGAUACUAUCAUCUUCUUUUGCUUGGUA